AUGUCGAAGCCAGCUACACCGGUGACCCCGCCGCUCAAGGACGAAUUGGACAUCGUGAUCCCGACGAUCAGGAACCUCGAUUUCCUCGAGAUGUGGCGCCCCUUCUUCGAGCCCUACCACUUGAUCAUCGUCCAGGACGGCGAUCCGGCCGAGACGAUCAAGGUUCCCGAAGGCUUCGAUUACGAGCUCUACAACAGGAACGACAUCAACCGGAUCCUCGGCCCCAAGGCCUCCUGCAUCUCCUUCAAGGACUCAGCCUGCCGAUGCUUCGGCUUUCUCGUCUCCAAGAAGAAGUACAUCUUCACCAUUGACGACGAUUGCUUUGUUGCAAAAGAUCCAAGUGGAAAAGAUAUCAAUGCUUUGCAACAGCACAUACAGAAUCUGCUAACUCCGUCCACACCUUUCUUUUUCAACACAUUGUACGACCCUUUCAGAGAGGGGGCCGAUUACGUCCGUGGCUAUCCAUUUAGCUUGAGGGAAGGAGUCCCGACUGCCGUCUCUCAUGGACUCUGGCUCAACAUCCCUGAUUAUGACGCCCCAACUCAGCUUGUCAAACCCCUCGAGCGCAAUACUAGGUAUGUAGAUGCUGUCCUGACUAUUCCUAAGGGGACCUUGUUCCCGAUGUGCGGAAUGAACCUUGCUUUUGACCGAGAGCUCAUUGGGGCCGCUAUGUACUUUGGGCUCAUGGGUGAUGGCCAGCCCAUCGGGCGAUACGAUGAUAUGUGGGCGGGAUGGUGCACUAAGGUGAUCACGGACCACUUGGGUCUUGGAGUGAAAACAGGUCUGCCGUACAUUUGGCACAGCAAGGCCAGCAACCCAUUUGUGAAUCUGAAGAAAGAAUACAAAGGCAUCUACUGGCAAGAGGAGAUCAUCCCCUUCUUCCAGUCAGUGACCCUCCCAAAGGAAUGCACCACUGUGCAAAAAUGCUACAUUGAGCUCUCAAAGCAGGUUAAGGAGAAGCUUGGGUCUAUCGACCCUUACUUCCAGAAGCUAGCUGAUGCCAUGGUCACUUGGAUUGAAGCUUGGGAUGAACUCAACUCCUCUGCUCCAGCAGCGGCUGCUGCUGCUGAUGCCAAGGACGGGCCUUCCUCCAAAAAGAAGUAG